UCCUCGCUGAGCUUCUGGAUUCAGGGAACCUCGUGAUGAAAGAUUCUAAUACCGAUGCAUAUCUUUGGGAGAGUUUCGAGUAUCCAACUGAUUCUUGGUUGCCGAAUAUGUUGGUUGGUACAAACGCAAAAACAGGAGGAGGGAACAUCACAAUAACUUCUUGGAAAACACCUUCAGAUCCUUCCCCUGGAAGCUACACUGCUGCACUCGUUCUUGCUGCAUAUCCAGAGAUCCACAUUGUGAACAAUAAUAAUAAGAAUGCUACCAUGUGGCGCAGUGGACCGUGGAAUGUCACCAUGUCAUUUGCUAAUGACUCGACGUUAAGACACUUCUACUUGGACUAUAAAGGAUCAGUGAUCAGGAGAGAUUGGAGUGAAGCUAAGAGAAACUGGACGGUCGGAGACCAAGUUCCUGCAACGGAAUGUGAUGUUUACAGAAGAUGUGGUCAGUUCCCUACUUGCAAUCCCCUGAAAGCCCCUCCUUGUUCUUGCUUUAAAGGGUUUAGUCCAAGGAACUUCGUAGAGUGGAACAGUGGAAACUCUAGUGGUGGAUGCAUAAGAAAGGAGCCUUUGCAGUGCGAAAGACAGAACAGUAAUGGGAGUGCUGCUGAUGGGUUUAUGAGGCUUAGACGAGUGAAACUGCCUGACUUUGCAAGAAGAUCGGAAGCUAGUGAACCAGAAUGCUUGAGGACUUGUUUGCAGACAUGUUCUUGUGUAGCUUUUGCUCAUGGUUUAGGUUAUGGUUGCAUGACUUGGAAUGUAAGCUUAGUUGAUUCUCAGGAUCUAUCUAGUAGUGGAAUGGAUCUUUAUAUCCGUCUUGCACAUUCAGAAAAGCCGGACAGAAGGCCCGUUAUCAUUGGUACAUCAUUGGCAAGUGGUGUUUUUGUUGUGGCAGCUUGUGGUCUUUUAGUACAAAGGAUUGUCAAAAAGAGAAGAG